GGUCCCUCUGCUCCCGCUGUCUCCGCUCAGUCAGGGCUCAGCCGGCGGGGAGGUGACAUGCUGGGCUCGGGAGGCUCCUGGGAUCGGGGGGAGAUCCGUAGGGCCCUGCGGGGGAGCCUGGCCGCCCUGUGCGAACUGAGCCUGCUGCAGGAGAGACAGGAGAUCCGGGUCCGGAGAGCCAUCCAGGGAGGAGAGGUAAAUGGGGGGCGGCGGGGGAGACUGCACUCAUCUCUUAUUAUUAUUAUUAUCUGUUAUUAUUAUUAUUAUUAUUACAGUAUUCUAUUUAUUAUUACAGUAUAUUAUUAUUAAUAAUCUGUUAUUUUUAUUAAUCUGUUAUUUAUUGUUUAUUAUUACAGUAUAUUAUUAUUUGUUUAUUAUAGUAUAUUAUUUUUAUUAAUCUGUUAUAUAUAGUUUAUUACAGUAUAUUAUUAUUAUUAAUCUGUUAUUUAUUACAGCAUAUUAUUAUUAAUCUAUAUAUUGUUUAUUAUUACAGUAUAUUAUUAUUAAUCUGUUAUUUAUUACAGUAUAUUAUUCUGUUAUCAUAUAUUGUUUAUUUGUUGUUAAUCACAAUAUAUUAUUUAUCGUGCUAAUAUCUGAUCAAUCUGUAAUUAAGAUUAAUAUACUGUAAUAAACAAUGUAUAAUCUGUUAUUUAUUACAAUAUAUUAUUUAUCAUUCAAAAAGCUGAUCAAUCUGUUAUUAUAUAUUGUUCCAAUAUAUUAUCAAUCUAUUAUAUAUUCUUCAAAUAUCUUCUCAGUCAGUUAUUUCAAUGUAUUAUCUAACUGUUAGUUUGUAUUAUCAAUCAUCAAUAGAUCAUUCGUUAUAAUGUAUUACCAUUCUGUUAUUAUACAUCAUUCCAUAUAUUAUAAAUCUCUUAUUAUACAUAAUUUCAAUUUAUUAUCAAACUGUUACAUAUUGUUCCAAUUAAGAUAUUAUCAAUCUUUUUUUAUUCAGAUCUCCACUAUAUUAUUAAUAUAUAUUCUACCAAUCAAUAUAUUAUUUAUUUUAUUAUAGACUAGUCCAAUAUAUAAUCAAUAUAUUGUACAUCUAUUAUAUAACUUUUCAAUAUAUCAUCAUGUGUUUUAUUUUUCAGAUGUAUUAUAAUGCUGAUAUAUUGUUACAGUGUAUUACUUAUAUUUUAAUGUAUAUAUCAUUCCAUUAUAUUGUUAUUAUCACUGUUGUACAUCAUUAUAAUAUAUCAUCUAUUUUACAUCACUCUAAUAUAUUGUCAAUCUAUUCUAGAUUAUUCCAAAUCACAUCAUCAAUCUGUUAUUAAUCAUCACUCCAAUGUAUUAUCAAUAUACUAUUACACACCCCUCCAAUGUAUUAUCAUUGUAAUACUACAUAUCCCUCUGGUAUAUUAUCAAUCGGUUAUUAUAUAUUCCUCCUAUGUAUCAUCACGCCAUUAUUACACAUUACUCCAGUGUAUUAUUACACAUCCCUCUAGUGUAUUAUCAAUCUAUUACUACACAUCCUUCUGUGUAUUAUCAGUCUACUAUUACACACCACUCAAACAUAUUAUUAGUCUACUAUUAUCAUUCUGUGUUUUGUCACUUUAUUAUUACACAUUCCUACAAUGUAUUAUCAAUCUAUUAUUGCAUAUCCAUCCAGUGUAUUACACAUCCCUCCAGUGUAUUGCUACACACCACACCAGUCUAUUAUCAAUGUAUCACUACACAUAACUCUGAUAAAUUAUUACUGUCAGUCUAUUAUCACACAUCCCUCCAGUGUAUAAUUGUAUUAUCACACAUCCCUUAAGUGUAUUAUCAAUGUAUUACUACACAUCCCUCUGAUAUUUUAAUGGUUCCUUAUUAUACAUUACUCUAAUAUAUUAUCAAGCCAUUAUUAUACAUCACUCCAAUGUAUUAUCACUCGUUGCUGUAUAUAUCAUUGUAAUGUAUCAUCAAUUAAGUAUCAAUCAUUCCUAUCAGAUGAUUUAUUAUACAUCAUCAAUUAAUUAUCUAUUACUCAAAAGUAUUAAGUCGGUUAUGACACAUUCACAUUCCUCCAAUGUAAUAUCACACUAUUGCGCAUCACUCCUGUGUAUUAUCAGUCUAUUAUUAAACAUCACUCCAACCUAUUCUCACUCUUUGAGAUAUAUAUUCACUGCAUUAUCAAUCAUUCAAAUCUAUCAGAUCAUGUGUUAUACUUCAUCCUCCAAUUAUCAAAUAUACAUCACUCCAAUAUAUUCUCAAUCGGUUAUUCAUCAUGAUUGCUUUAUCAAACACAGCUUACCAAGCAUUCUUUAUUAAAGAAUAAAGUAAAAUGAGAUAUGAUAUAAUUUUUCCAAUAUAAAAAUGAUGCUCACUGCAUGUAUACAGUAUCACACCAUAAAUGAUAAUCAGACUCUCCUUGUGUCUCCAAAUAAUCUGAUUAUAGCAUUUCCCUUAUUAUUUGUCUGCUUUAUUAUUUAUAUACAGUAGUGCUUAUACAUAUGCAUUUAUUACAUGUCCUAUGUAACGUGGGCAUUGUGCAAGCUGUACCACAUUCCCAGCGUCUCACAUAUACGAUACCAAGCAUUAGAAUCACAUCAAGUCAGCACUGGCCUCUAGCAACCGCCAAGGAUACAUUAACACCAGCAGACAAAGAAAGCGUGCAUGCAAUAUACAAUCCUUUGUUUUCGCUCUCCGUAACAUACAAGCCCAUUUGUUAAUUAUAUCUGAAUUAUAAAGUAUUAACAUGUAACAACUGGGUAUAGAAUUUAACACCCAGAAACAAAAUCACAGGAAGCUGUAACAUUAUGAAGGAGGAGGCGAGCUGUCUGCCUGAUUUUAAUACAUGUUUAAUCCUCUUACAUUCACACAAAUCCACUCACAUACAUACAUACAUACAUACAUACAUACAUACAUACACACAUCAGAUGUGCAAGAACCGCUCCAACACUUCCUAUACAGGGUUUAUGUCAUUUGUAUCUACACUACUUUAAUUACUCAUCUAUCUAUGUAUACUAUGUAUACACCCCAUUCACGUAAUCCUAUUUGUGCUCAUUGUAUUGCUUCUUCUGUAGUUUCGGAUGCAGCGUUUGCAUCAAGGUAAAAUAAACUUGGGAGUAAAAUGUUAAAUUUGGAGCAAUCCCUGUGCAUUAUUUUACAUUAUUUUCAUUGAUCUUUGGCUUCAAACUGCUCCCAGUUUACCAAGAUGAAUACAUGCCUGUGAUCGUAUAAUUUACAUUCAGCAUCACACAUCUAUUCCGGGUUAAGCAGGGGAUUUAAAGUAUCUUAUUGCAGGAUUUAUUUUUUUGUUGUGUUUAUUUUAAGAGUCUGUUUGUUUUAUUCCGAACGAUAACUUUAAUUAACCCUUUGUCUAGCAAUAUGAAGGGUACUUGAGUAUCGUGCCAAUGGCUAAUACAGAACACUAAAUGCCCCUUUUACAUAAAUAAAUGGGAACCAAAAAGGGUGGGGGGGAGGGGUGGUAAUCUGAUUAUUUCUGUAAUGUAGAACAAGAAGUUUAUUAUUCCAAUCUCUGCACCAUUAGCCAAAUUACUGCCAUUUUCUCACUAUUAAUGUUACAUGGCAUUGCCGCACUUCCUCUUGAGGUUUUGAGAAAGGCCUAAGCUGUGUCAUGAUGGUUGCAAAGCUAUUUCCUUAGGCAUAAAAGAAUGACAUGCUUAUGGCUUGAAUUUCUUUUCAUCCCUGAGGUGGCCACAUUCUGAGCUGCUUUGCCUCUCUCCUCUCCGAUUCUGUCUGUCUAUUUUAACCGCUCAAGCUCAUAACAUAGUUUGUGCUGUCAUAAUCUUUUCCUUAUAGGUGAGAUGGCUCGUAUGGAGUUUGGGAAUAUUAAACUGCGUCUGCAAGGCUGUGUGUUGCUGCAAAUUCUCCCAUCUACAUUGUAGGGAUCAACAGAUGUCAUUUUUCAAGAGUGGAUCCUGAUACUGAUUAUUGAUCGCCUUUAUGGCCGAUUGCCAAUAACUGGUGCCAAUAUUCUGUACAGUUAAAGUUUUUGACAAUAGUAACAUAACUUUGUUAACAAAUAUGGCAUUGACUGAACAUGCUAAAAGCAAUCACACUCCUAUCACUCUCAGACAGCCAGUGCAUGCUGGGAUCACCAAGAUCCCAGCAUGUGUUCAUUAAUUUAUUGAAACUUUAAAAAUCGCCAAUAUAUUCUGCACUGCUGAGUGCAGUGCCGUUACUGAUAGGAGUGAGAUUCCUGACAGUAGAUUAUAUACUGUCUCGACUCCCUGGGUUCAGCUGUGCUUCGCAUGCGGAAACUUACAGAAAAUGGUGACGUGAGGCCUCAACGUUUUUUGGGGUUGACAGCUGGAGUUUCCGGAUACAGAAGACGGUGUGUGGUGACUGGGAGAAGUAGGUUAUUGCUAAUAUCAGUAAAUUACAAUGCCAAUACCAAUUAUUUGUAAAAUGCUGAAUAUCUGCUCUAACUAUCAGCAAAACUGAUAAUUGGUCUAUCCCUACUACAUUGCUAUUGCUUUUGUUGUGGAUCCUUCAUGCUAGGGCUGGUUGCCCUGUAAUGUAUGGGGAUGUGGUAGUUGCCCUGUAAUGUAAGGGAUGUGGUAGUUGCCCAGUAACGUAUGGGGAUGUGGUAGUUGCCCAGUAACGUAUGGGGGUGUGGUAGUUGCCCAGUAAUGUAUGGGGAUGCGGUGACACAAUAAUUACCUGUUUCACACAGGGGAUGGCACUUAAUUGGGACAUUUUGCUGUUGCGAAUAAACAAUGGACGUAGUACCACAUUAAAAUCACCUGUAGGAUGAUUAUGAAAUACAACUAUUUAUGUUGUUUUGUUUUUUUAGUCUGUGUUUUCAAGGUUUACUUCAAACAAAGUAACUACUUAAUUUUCUUGCAAUGGAACGGUCACAGCCCUGUACUCUUUCCUUUCACACUAAAAAGGGCCAUUGUCGCAUUUACUGGGGUGAGGAAUGCAAUAAAAGUAAGUAUGUAACACACUCCUUAGUACAAGAGCAGGGACAAUGUGGCCUUCCUUCCAAGGCCCGUGGCAUCAUGGGAGUCGAGGUAACUUGCAUUGUAUGCCAGCAGUGCGUUGACAGCCUGACGUGAAUUAAAAUAUAUUUCUAUAACAAAUCACAUGGCUAACGUCUACAUUCCGGUAAUGUAAACCCCCAUAACUGACAAUUCUUCUUUAAGUAUAGCUAUUCAAAGUCUGUCGUGUGCAUUUUAGACGAUGAUUGACAGUUGACAUCAUGGGCUUUUAAAAAAAAAUAUAUAUAUAUAUUUUCACAAAUUGCAAUUUCUGAUAGUAAAAGAAGUAAAUACGUUUCUGCAGGAAAUUGCUGGUGAGUCCUGAACCAUCUUAAUUGUGCACCACAUUUUUUUAUUUUUUUUUGCCCUUCUUGUGCACACGUGAGAAUCUAGCGGUGAUUCAUCAGUAGGCAGGCAAAGCUGACAGAAGCUUUGUUGACAAGACAGCAUGUAGAACAUCUCUUAUUUUUCACAUUUAGGCAUUCGCUCUGUCAUAUCACCCAUUUAAAUCUACACAAAAGGCAACACACAACGUGCACACGAAAGCAAACUGUGCUUUGUUCUCUGUGCUGGCGAUAUACGUUUGGUUAUUGAAUUCUCUUUUAAAGAAGGUAUUCAGAGAUAAAAAUCCGUUCUCAUUGGGAUGCUUGCAGGCCUCUCUAGAACAUUCCCUGCCUAUGGUUUGUUUUUUUUGGGCUAGGCUAUAUUUAGGCAAUGUCUCUGAUCAGGGCCGAACUGGGACAAAAAUUCAGCCUUGACAAUUAAAGGCAGAGCAGCUCACUAGGAGGAGAGAGGGUCCAGAAGGGGGGAGUGUAAUGUCACCACUAUUCAUACGCAUCACCCCCCCCACCACCAAAUGACUAUUUGUGUUGUAUUGUGUGUGUAAAGGGGUCUGUUUGUGGCGUACUAUGCGUGGCUAGGGGCUGUAGUGUGUGUGUGUGUGUGUGUGUGUGUAUGUGUUGUGUUUGCAUAUAACUUAUCACCUCAUUUGGUUUCCACUACCACCUGUACGCUGAUGACACCCAGCUAUAUCUCUCCUCCCCGGAACUCUCCCCUGCUGUCCUGCAACGUGUCACUGCUUGCCUUUCUUCCAUCUCUGACUGGAUGUCCUCCCGCUUUCUGAAACUCAAUCUCUCAAAAACUGAGCUCCUUGUCUUUCCUCCUCCUAAUACUGAUCCUCCUCUUUCGCUCUCCCUUCAAGUUUGUGGUACCAACAUCAGCGCAUCCUUGCAAGCGCGCUGUCUUGGCGUCAUACUUGACUCUGGUCUCACCUUUGAGCCUCACAUCCAGCAUGUUGCCAAAUCCUGUAGAUUCCAUCUCAAAAACAUAGCCCGCAUCCGCCCCUUUCUUGCACCAGAUACUACCAAGGAGCUUGUCCAUGCUCUAAUAAUUUCACGCAUGGAUUAUUGUAACCCUCUCCUGCUUGGUCUUCCCAAAAGCCGUACUGCACCCCUACAGUCUGUAAUGAAUGCUGCUGCUAGACUGAUUUUCCUCUCUAGUCGUUUCUCCCACACCUCACCCCUCUGCCAGUCCUUACAUUGGCUUCCUGUGUGCUAUAGGAGUCAAUUCAAGGCACUAACUCACACCUAUAAAGCACUGAACAACUCUAGCCCCUCCUAUAUCUCCUCACUGAUCCACAGGUAUGUCCCUUCUCGGUCUCUCCUCUCUGCCCGUGACCGCCUCCUGUCCGUUGUCCGCACCCGUACGGCCAACUCGCGCUUGCAGGACUUCUCGCGGGCGGCUCCCUUCCUAUGGAAUAGCCUGCCUACCGCCAUCCGACUCUCCCCUAGUCUUGCAUCUUUUAAGAAGUGCCUUAAAACCCAUCUCUUUAGGAAAGCCUAUGGCCUCCAAGACUAACCCCUACCUCACUUACCUGUCUCUUGCCCUCCCCUAAAGGGCAGCCCACUUUUUUUUUGAUUGCACACUCCUGUCCUAAUGUGUCCUACACCCCACCUCCUAUAGAAUGUAAGCUCGAUUGAGCAGGGUACUCUUCAACCUAUUGUUCCUGUAAGUUUAUUUGUAAUUGUCCUAUUUAUUGUUAAAUCCCCUUUCAUAAUAUUGUAAAGCACUACGGAAUCUGUUGGCGCUAUAUAAAUGGCAAUAAUAAAUAAAAAAAAUAAAUAUAGGGGCUGUAGAGCACAUGUGUUUAGGUGCGGUAAUGUAUGCAUAGGUGGUGUAGUGUGUACAGGGGGUGUAAAAUGUGUAUUUAUAGAGGAUAUUAAUUUAGUGUGUGUGUGUGUGUGUGUGUGUAUAUAGGGGUGUAGUGUGUUAGUGCAGUGGAGCAGUGUGUAUAUAGUGGUUGGAUAUGGGCUUAAAUUAAUAAUUAGAAAAACAAAAAAAAAUCAAAUUUUACUCCCUUUUAAAACUUUGCAAGUGGAAGAGAGCAUGCAGAUACCUGGUGGUCUAGUGAGAGGGGGCACGCCGCACACAGAUCCCUGGUGGUCCAGUGGGCAGGUAAUUUAAUAUGUACCCCGCAGGGUACAGACCACGAUUCUCUCCCUCUCGCGAGCACCGUUUGUUUUCAGAGCGUUGCCGCGGGUUAUCAUGGCAACGCUCUGAUAAUCUCGGAGCUUGCGAGAGGGAUAGAAGGAAGCUGCUCGGCAUGCAUGGAGAGUGAGUGACACAUGAUGGGACAGAACUUCAUUUUGGGGCUGGUGCUGCCCUGCAUGGGUUAGCAGGGGAGAUCUCUUGAUCUUUUUUUGCCGGUCGCGGCCCACCGAGCGUUUGCCCGAUGGCCAGUCCGGGCCUGUCUCUGAUCCAUGAGGAGUUAACCAAUGAGGUAUCUGGAACAGUCUGUUAGUAGUUUUAAAGACCCAGACUGCAAAUGAUUACCGGUAAAUAAAUUCUCCCAGCUGCAAACCCUAAUUCGCUGUAAUGAAGUUGCUAAAGCCUUUAAUUCUUACCCACAAACGCACUUCUUAGUAGGUCCCGUUUCCGGCCAUUCUUUUUUUUUUGUUUGGAUUUCUGAUUGGUGGUGGGGGUUAUGCUUGCUCCCCUAAUGUUUGCCACACAGUGAUACCGUAGACCUCAUGUGACGCCAUGCUGGUCUUGAGUGCACACUCACUGUGGCGAACAGAUUUGUGGGUUCGUAGAAGUUUAAGGUUGCAAAGCCAAUAUAAAUAUACUUUAAAUAUAUAUAUUAGCAGUUUGAGUGUCUCAGUUUAUAGGCAAAAAUUCUAUACUUCCAUCAAAUUAUUUUGACCUUUUCUGAAUUGCUUCCAAUUCUUUCUUUUUUUUUUUUUUUUUUUUUUUUUUACAUUUUUCAUAUAUUUCUAACUUAAAACAAAGUAGGGCCCUUGCGAGGGACAGUUAAGCAAGUAAGUAAAACUCGCCUUUCCCUGCCCCCAGCCUCUGGACCCUCAGUGGCGAUGUUACCGUUGGGGGUCUUUGCAAAUGGUGACAAUUACAUUUUUAUUUUGUCUACUUACUAACAAUGCAGUUUCAGUAAUCUGUUUAUUUUAAACCCAAUUAUCCGUCACUAGAAGCCUCCUUCAUAAUGCUUUCCAUGUACUGACCGUGUUUUGCAAUUCUAUCAUGGAAUUACAGUGCAUACAUUGUAAUUUCAUUUUCUGAUUAAGUUAAUUCACACACUGAGGCUCAAAUUAACAUACCUUCUGUGACAAGUGUUGGAUGAUGGUAUAUAAAAAGAAAAGCCAAGACUGCCCCUCGAAUUUAAGGUUUUAUAAGAUGAUUCUCCUGUGCAAUUUGUAAGAUAAUGAUCCAGUCACAUGAUACUGAACUGGCUCAAGAACAAAAAUGGGAGAGCUGUACGGUGGUAUAUAUAGUUCUUUGAUCUAUCUCCUGGUACCUCCUUUUAUUAACUGCAAGCCACCAUUGAAAUUCAAUGCACUCUGAACAAAAUGCUACUUAUAAUGGUGUUGGGUCUAAGUAUCUAUCUUUAGUAGUGUACUAUAUUAAAAUAUAACAGUGAUUUCUUUUUCUGGUUGCAAACUAACUUAGAACUAUAUAACUUGUCUGUGUUAUGUUUGUGUUUUAGAAUUUUGCUAUUUGAGUAUCCAGUUAUAGGCACUAUAUACUUUUAGGAUAAAUAUUGUUGUGUUUUUUUUUUUUCUUUUUAAAUCUUAGGAUCUUGACCGUCAGCUGUGGGAACUGGAAAGACAACUUGGAGAACUGAGAUUUCGCGCAGAAAAAGACCAGGAGAAUGGUGAGACGCAGACCGAAUACAUACAAUAUUGACAGAUGAAAUAACCAAAAUCACAAACUGAACACUGACAUAUCUUUAUUCCGUCCUUGUUAUCUGGCCAGCAUUGUCUAUAGAAGUGGUAGGCACCCUCCAUGCUCUGACAGCCAUAAUGUUGGCAAAGUAUCAGUAAAAAUGUUGUCCACAACAUCUGGAGGACCAAAGGUUGCGUCUAUUGUCAUUAAAUGUCCACACCAUACUUUAAAUGAAUCACCUAAUCAUUUAUGCUUCAUCCUCUGUUUUUUCAUUUUCCUUUUAUUUUGUUUCCAAUGUACAUCAGGGUUUUGAAAGUUAUUUUCGCAGUAGAUAUAACACCAAGUUACGUCUGCAAACGCAUCUAGUGUUCUGCAUUCUGUGUCUGCUAAUGGCCAUCCUAUAGCAAUAGUACGUAUUAUCAACUGAGUGCUAUCAGCAGGUGCACAGAGUAAUUCAGAGCUAGAAUGGAAAGCAUGUGGUCCUAUGCUGUUACAGAGAAGUUUUAUAUGUAAAAUAAGGUAAUUCUUCUAACUUUUUUUGUUUUGUUUUCUAAUUUAAAAUGUUUGUCCUUGCAUUAAUUGACUCUUUUGUUUCGAGCAUAAUUCCCAGAGUGCAUCUGACCUCAACUGACUUUUUUUUUCACUUUUUGGCUUUUUUUAUGCAAGUGUGAGAAAUAUUAACAUAAACACUAUUUAAAUGUUGAAUUUUAUAUUUGAAGUAAUUUUGGUAUCCUAAUUUUAAAAAGGUUUUGUCUUGUUGAUGCUCUGAAACCGUGCUUGAUCAGUUUGUUUCUGUAUGUUUAACGUAUUGGAUUAUAAAUUGUAUCAUCCUAGGCAGUGGAAUGCGUCAGCACUGUAUAAAUAAGCAAUAAGAAUAAAAAUAAUAAUUGUUUUAAGUGUUUUAUUUGAAUCCGAUCUGAGUUUCCUGCCCAUAAGUUUAUGUUGCAGCUUUGUUGUAUUCCAACUCCCAUCACCCAUAGCCAGAAAUAGUCCAAGACCUGUUAGGCUUGUCUACCUGCUUUUAUCUUUUCCCCUUCCAUACAUAGCUCAUGCCAAUUAUCCUGUCCUGCAAGUGCCUGGGAUUGUUCAGUUAGUUUGGGCAUGUUAAGCCCCAAUUUUAGCUGCUAUAUUUACAUUGUUGGCGUCUUGCCAUUGGAAUCUUUAUUCAUCUUGUAUGCAAAUGUUACAGUUGCAUUUUGGGCAAGAUGCCAAGGGCAUUUUCUAGUCCGACCAUCUGGGAGACCUGUCAGCUUCAAAGGAAAUAUGCUUUGAAUAAUUUCCAUGUACAUAUGUAUACCCGCUAUCCCAUGAAUUGUAAUAGAUUAGCUAUGCUACAUUUGUUAUUAAUGCCAUUUAUAUAGUGCCAACAGAUUCCGUAACACUUUACAAUAUUAUGAGAGGGGGGAUUGAACUAUAAUUAGGACAAUUACAAGAAAACUUACAUGAACGAUAGGUUGAUGACAUUUGUUGAUAGGACUGACGUGUGAAACUACAUAAGGGCAGGGUUGUUACUUCACCUCCGUCAUUAAAUCACAAUUUUAGGUUAGCUAAUAAUUACAAUGAUUUUUAUAUAGCGCCAACAUAUUCCGCAGUGCUGUACAACAGAUAAACGAGGACAAAUAAUUCUUGCAAAACAUAUUUGACAUACAAGAACAAUAAGUGAAGAGGGCUCUGCCCAAAUGAGUUUGCAAUCUAAAUCUGGUUAAAGUAUAUGAAUUAUGCAUAAACCAGGUUAUUUCUAGUGAAAAAAUAGCACUUUUGACUUUGUUUUAGUAAGUUUAGCAAUGUUUUAUCUAAUGGUAUACUUUCAAAAGAAGUAUUCGUUCCUUUUAGGAAUUUAUUAUAAUUGCCUGUAUCUGGGUUUUGAUACAAUGGUCCAUUUUGUUUUAAAUUUGUAUUAACGUGGAACUGUCACUUGUCUGGAACAGACGGUUCAUUCUUCCCUCAGCCCGCUAAACGCUAUUACAGUUACUUAUUUUCUGGUGUGAAAAGUGGCAGAAAUAUUAAUAAAUGAAAUGCGCUAGAAAAGAGAAAAGUGCCUAAAAACUUGCAAAUUUGAUCAUAAAUACAGAUAAUUCCCCCAAACAUAGACCAGCUUUCUAAUGUGGGGAAUCCCUGGAAUCCCCAUUCUACUGAACUGGUGGUAAGUCCGAGGCGUCGUUAUGCAGGUAAGUCGCAAAAUGAGGACUACCUGUUGUAGAAAGAUGAUUCACACCAGAUUAUUUACUGACACAAUGAUUAAAAUAUUCCCUAUUGAUCUCACUAUGCUGUCUGAAAGUUGCAAAAGGCGGAGCUUAUAAUAAUGAUUGAUAGGGAGACAAGAGAAAGAAAUAUAUAAUGGGGAUCGUCUAUAUUAUUUCACAUUCGUGUAGUGUGAUAUCACAGGCAUAUAUAUAUUGACCAUUAUGGGGAAAAUGCUAUUUUGGACUAACUUUCCUUUCUGCUUUUUACAGCCUACGAAGGUGAUGGCGUGGAGACAUGUGAUGUGUUUUUGGACUCUGCCCCAGUAGCCCGACAGACGGAGGCUCGUAUGCAGUAUGCAAAUGAACGUCCGAAGAGUGCAGGUAAGCGGCGCAUGAAUGCUGUGUGGUGAACAUGGUUACCUGGUGAUGGACUUCACAUCUUUCAUCCAUUUUCUCUUCCCUUUCUGUUUUUGUUUUCUGGCCCACUUGUUUUUCUUAAACUUCAGGUGAUCUGGUUGUGGGAUCUCCCCAUCCUCGCUCUUCCUCCUCCCGCCUCUUGGUUCCUCGAUCACUCUCUGCUCCGUAUCCUUCUCCUUCAUCUCCACCAUCUGCUUCCCGCCGGGCUGAAGGCUAUAUACUUUCUCUCCUCCGCCGUCAGCUUCGGACACCAUACCUGCGUUCGGCCUCUACUGAGCGACCUGCUCCUACUCCUCCCCCUCCUCCUGCUCAGCCUCCAGUAUGCCGUAUAACAAAUGCCUCCUACACACCCCCUCACCGUGGUCCUCGCAGGAAGCAUCCCCCAUUAUUGAAAGGCCACAGUGUAGAAGGCUCCCCUCCUCGUCAACCUAGGAAAUGUCUGUCAGCAGAGGAACCACCUCGUAAAAGAGGAGGGAGGAGGACCCCAAGAUCCCUGUCAGAAACAAGCCUUAGGGAUCCCAGUCCUCGUGGAGAGGCAGGGGCAGACCCCAGGAACCACCCAGAGGUUUGGGAUGUACCUAGGGGAAAUGCAGAGGGCUGGAUAGAUGCCAGAAGUCAUGCAGAGGGUUGGAUUGGGUCCAGAGGUCAUUCAGAAGGAUGGAUGGAACAUAGAGAUCUUUCUCAAGAGUGGGGUGACCCUAGAGGCCACAUACAGGAGGGUGGCCGUUGCUACACAUUAGGAAGAGAAGGGAGGGGCCCUGCUGUAAGGCUUGGUCCUCCUUGUAGGAAGUGGAGGUCUACAGCAGAGAUUAGUGUAGGGGGGCAGGAGGGCGAGUCCAGAGUGGACUCCAGAGUGGAUUCAGAAGGUGAAGAGGAGGAAGGAGAGCUUGUUUGGCCCCUGCAGCUUCCACCUCGUGAUGCAGAUGGACGCCCCCAAAUGUUUAAAGUGAAAGCAUCACAGGCACUCAAAAAAAAGAUCAUGAGGUUCCACACGGGGUCUCUCAAGGUAAUGACGACAGUGUGAUGCACAAACAUGAGAAUUGUCCAAUGCUUGUGGUUGUUGCUACAUAACAAUACCAUGGCAGCCAUAUGAUGUAUCUACCUAUGUACAUACAAAGUCGCAAAAUUGUGUGGAUGUAAAGUUGUUUACACAAAUCUACAUACAGGGUCCGAAUGUAUGAUGACCAGAGAAGUAUUAUGUGUGUGAUGUCCUUCACUAAUUUAUUUUGACAUUAAGAUUACUUGAAGAUAUUGAUUCUGCUCCUUGAGAUAUUAUUCUAUUCAAACCACAAAUGUAUUCUACUUGGACAAACUAUAGUAUUCAGGGAGAUAUGCUUCAUUAUAUAUUUUAUCAGGUUAUAUGCCUCUGGGUCAUCGUAAACUAUGUAGACCAUUAAUGUAGUGAAUGUAGUUCUGUGGGAAUUCCUCCUGAAUGUUACAAGUUCAGAUGAUGCACCCACAGAAAUGGAAUUCCAGCAACUGUUUGAAUCUCCAUCUAGAUUCUAGAACAUUAACUGAUCAUACCAAACAGUGCUACAAUCUUACCUGGUCAGGCCACUCAGUACUUCAGUAGUACAUGGUCAUCCAAGUCUAAACUAUGUCAAUAAAUAACAUGUUGUGGUGUUUUAUAUCUUUAAAUAAGCCAGAAUCUGCAGCUAUUUCUAUUGAUUUACUUGCUAAGAAGAAAACCUACGGUCUUAAUCUACUGAUUCACAGUAAUUUGAGGUCAUUGUCUGGAGCUGUCCUACAGGAGAUUUUGUCCUUUUUAGUAUUUGCCGCUUUAUUCCCAGCUAUUGUGUACAUUUAGUGGCAUCCAAACUUUCUACGAUUUUAUUUUAGAUUUCAACCCUAGACUUAAAACAAUCCGGGAUAAAUUAGAAUCUAUUGUUUGUCAGUUGUCAACGUGUUAACUCUUUAAAUGGUGAAAUUGUUCGAAGGCAGCCGUUUUCAACAACUUCGAUUUAUCAAUUCAGUGAAGAAGUGCCCUUUGCUUUGCUCAAGCUUGCGUGUUAAACAAUCAAUCCAUGCACAGAAUAGUUAUCAACACUAUCGGAUACUUGUCAAAUUCAGCAAAAAGGACCUCGUAACCAGAGCAAAACCUUUUCUAACACUUAAGCAAUAAAUAGUCACAAUUUCACAAAACUUGUACUAACAAUUCCUUGUUAGUCAAAUUUAAAAUAAGUACUGUAACAAUAAAAUAACAUAGAAAGAAUGAUAGCACAACUGAUUACAAACAUGUACUCUACAAAAAAUCCCAAUUCUGAACAAGCAUAUCAAUUUGAAACAGAGCAGGGUAAAGACGCAUUAUCCUCACAGAUGUAAAAUGCGUCAGACAGGUCAGAUCAUAUAAAGAUAUUUUCAGUUUGUUUGUUAACUUCCAGAGUAUCGACAGAACUUGCCUGAAAAGAACAUUUAAGGAAAUUAUGGUUGUGUGUUAUUCAAACAGGUCUUCAUAUCUUUUGGUGGAAUAAGGACUUGUCAACGUCCAACUUCUGUAAAAAUACUUCUAGAGGAAGAAGAAAUAUAUUCUUUGAGGUUUCCGGUAAAAGUCAUGAAAUGGUUUAAUGGUAUAGCGCUUCUAGAGACAAAGCUUUGUGUCUUGAGUUUUUCAAAACAGCAUGUUAAUUAUUCUGUACAUAUGCUUUGUAAAAUGACGACAGAUUCCAUUUAUAGCAAAAAUAUCUAAUCUGGAAGAUGUUUCUAGGUGUAUUCAUAGUCUAACGGUUCCAGUGAUUUGUUCUCAAAGGCUGAGGCCUACAAUACUUUGUAUUUUUAGUUCCUUUUAGAUUUAAGCAUUUUUAAAAAGAUCAUCAGGUUAUGGACUACCGAAUGUCAUGAUAAUGAGGAUCUUGAUACUGUAUGUAAUGUCCUACUUCUUUACACUAGUGGCUGAUAUUAGCAUAGGGUGUUUAAGGGUUUGAUUUUUUUUUAAAUUUAUUUAUUUUUUCUUUAAAACAUUAAGAGGAUAACUAUGGCCACGUUUUGAUACUGUAUUCAUGGAGACAGCUGUAGUUAUUGAUGGUAGGUAGUGCUUAAAACACUCACAGAUAAUGAAGUGGUCUCCAGGGCGACGCUGAAGUUUAAUGGACAUAAUAAUGGCCAUUGUGGUACUUCGUUGUGCCAUAUCAAGAAUAUUCUUCUACACUGUACAAGUUAUGGACUACACCAUGAAAACUGAAAACUUCUAUUCAUGAUUGCAGAUUGUACAGAGCACAAUCUGUAUAGAAUUAGGCCAAUAUUUAGGAACGUUUUUAAAACAUUACAUUUCUGAGUUCGGCUGGUAUAGGGUAUCGGUUAUACUGCGACUGUGAUGUUCAGCAUUAUAGAAAAGCAAUAGAAUUAUUCACCUAGCCAAGUACUGGUUGUUCGAGUCCUACAGGAAUAAAAUCAAGGUUUUAAAUAUUUUUAAGCUGUACCUCCCAUUCUAGCUCGAUAGUGAAAAGAAACUAGGCACGCUCAUGAAUCCCCUACACUCCUCAUUUCAAAACCAGAUCCAAGAACUGCCCCAUGCCAAUAGGGCUGUUUAACAAUAGUAUAAGGAGAGGGCAGCCAUAUUAUUAUGCCAAAACGAUUUGCUUCUUGUCAAAUCCGCUAUGCAGUGACUGACAUCCAUAAAAAAGAAGUGAAUAAAAGUUCCUAGGCCCUCCUUGUAACUUGUGCUAAAUGAGGAGGUUGAAGAAGUAAGAGAUUUUGACUCUCAUGAUUAUUACGUGGUCCCAAAGUUCCCAGACACAUUCUUCUGCAGGAAACCAUAUUUACAGCUUUCUGAAGCCAUAGAAAUGUAUCAGUUAUCUGUCCAUUUCACUUUGAUGUUGGCACAAUUUUCAAAGAGGUUAUGGUGCAUCUAUCACACUUGUGCCCAGGCUAAACUUUGAAACCCUUAAUGAAAAGUUGGCAUUGAACACCUCCCUAAAUUGCAUCCAUAACACAGUGCUGCAUGUACUCCAGGUAUUAAAUGGAACUUAAAAUGGGAUCACCUACAUGUGAAACAUAUGGGCCUGUUGUAUCGUCUUGCCCCAGAGUCGUCAAGAAGAUGUAUAUUUAAAUCUGAACUCAAAGUGUUGGCAUUGAUAACGGAUUGCUGUGUGGUAGAAUCUCCAGUACAGAGAGAGGCUCCUAGUUUAAAUCUGCAUUGCAUCUAUUUAUUUUAUAAUAAAUUCAUCCCAAGCAAAUCCAGCUCGUACAGUCAUCUUAUGCCAUACUCUUAAAUUGGUGUUAAAGUGCAUGGUUUUCUUUUUCGGAGUGCCAAAAUGGUCAGGACCCUAGCUUGCACUGCUACGAUACACAUCGUAAAAAUAAAAAUCUUAACGCAAAUUUCCAUUUCAUUAAUGUAAAGUGCUGGCCAGUGCCUUAAUUCAAACUUUAAAUUUAUAUCCAUGAUUUUUAAAUUGUUCUUGCACUUAAAGAUUUUUGCCCUGUGACGUUUAUAAAGAAGGCUUAAAGGUCGCCCUUCAAGGUUUGAGAUAUUCUCUGGAUAUGCAAAUACAAGGCUGUGCUUGAAAAGUGUCUCCAUUUACUCCUCAAAGCAUUUGUGCUCUUCGGCCUAAUGUGCGGAAGUUCAAUCCGAAAGGAACCCUGUUUACGGGGUAGUAAGUAGCCCUUUAGAGAAAUGCGAAAACUUGCAUUAUUAAACCCUUCAAGGACUAAGCUCCUGUUAUAGUAUGAAGAGUCCAGUGUUCCUCUAAUGUCACAGAGUGACUGGUUAAUCAUUUAAUUAAAAUAAACGUGUAUUUUCUGUUUGCUGAAUUCUGUUACUCAGGCUGUAAUUUCAAUGCAUAAAAGGCUGCAGUCUAUAUAUGGGUGGUAACUGGGUUUUAAUCUGAUAAGCAGAUAUGCAUGUUGUGAGAGUACUGUAAAUUUAAAGGCAGUAUGGACUGCGUAUUUGUAUAAUUAAGUUUAUGGUGUAAAUAAAAUUGUUGCAUAUGUAUAUACGCUGUAUGAAUUUUGCAUUUUGGAUUCUGUAAAUAAAGUGGUGAUUGUCAUUUUGUCUCUGAUCUCUAUUGAUGUUCUAUAAGGGAAGGGGGUGGCACCUUUUAUUGGAUCAAUAAUGACAUUAUCCUGGGUGAGGUUUCUGAUUAUAUCGGUGUUCUAUAAAUAAUGAUGAUGUUCUACUGGUG